AUGCCUAUGCAGACUCGCAACGACGCUCGCUUCAGCACCUACUCCGGCGCACCCUCGCUGCAGCCAUCCAUCGCGCCCACCCUCGACACCACAUCCAACCGAUCCUCCACCCAGCAGUAUGGCUCGCGCUUCAGCGAGCAGACUUUCUUGACGCCGCAGACCAUUCCAGAGCGGGGAGUCCGCACCGUCUAUGGGAAUGCAGACCCCGCCGCCGCCUCGAGCUCACUCACCCUCUCAUCGAGCGACCCUAAGACGGCCGAGAUCAAGACCUUCGCCAACGUCCUCGACCGCAUGAGCGAUUCGCGCGCAGACAAGCAGAGAUUCGUCAUGAGCAACAACAAGACGGAGGAGGUCAGCAAGAUCGCCCUCGGCGCCAAGGUGGAGAGAGCGCUAUCGAGGAGGAUGGUCGGGCAGGAUGCCACGUUUCGCCCUAAGAAGCCCGUUGCCAUUGACGAGAAGCGGGCGCUGGAAGUCGAGGCGAAUUAG